AUGGAACAAGUGUGUUCAAACUUGAGGUGCUCUGCAGUCAUCGCGGUCCCGGAGGGUCAAGAAGGAGCGUUGUUCGACCGCAAGUCAGUUUGCGAAAAGUGCUACGGCAAACCGAUUUGCGCAAAGUGCGACCGUUUGCUGCACUGUGCGUGUGAAGACUCAGAGGAAGAAGUAAUCCACAUGUAUCUCCCGAGACCCAAGCCGGGCUACACGAUCAGGCGUGUACAAGUCCCCGACGGAGAGGGUGGUGUGCGGGACGAGUACGUUUCUCGCCGUGUGGAAUCCGAGAAGAGCAGCUCCGAUGUCAAGCUGAUGAAGGGUGUCAAAAAGUUGUUUCAUUUUACCCAGCGGGGCUCUUAG